AUGAUCGGCCAAAAGAGCCCUCGAUCAUCAAUUCUUGACGAGGAGCCUUCACGAACACAGCUGCCGGCCAACAGAGAAGAGCCAGGCCGCUCGUCAGUUCCUUUUCUUAUUGCUCGGCUGGACCAGCAAAAGGAGAGGCUCGGAUUAGAUACGCGAGCCCAACGAGCUAGUAUUGACGGAUACCUUCGUCUGAAGGAGGACUUCCAAAAAUUGCAGGAGCGAGAACAGCAACUGCCUCGAGAUGAUCCAGAAGCAGAAAUUGACUGGGAUUUUUGGGGGGCAGUGAUGGCAGAUUAUGAAGCGAUGGCGAGGAACGAGCCCACGAGGCUAGCCAAGGCUAUUGAGUCCGGGAUACCGAACGCCAUUCGUGGGAUGGUGUGGCAGAACAUGUCAGCAUCUAAGGAUGCGGAAUUAGAGCAGCUUUAUAGCACUUUCCUGAAGGAAUCAAGCCCUCACGAGAAAGCAAUCAUGCGUGACUUGGGUCGCACUUUUCCACACCAUGCAUUCUUUAUGGACGGUAAAGGGAUAGGCCAAGAGAACCUUUUCAAUGUUUUAAAGGCAUAUAGCUUAUAUGACCCAGAAGUUGGCUACUGCCAAGGGCUGGCCUUCAUAGUCGCCAUUCUUCUACUCAAUAUGCCUGAUGAGGAAGCGUUCUGCGUCUUUGUACGGCUCAUGCAAUCAUACAAUCUGAGGAGUAUUUACCUGCCAGAAAUGCCAGGCCUUCAGCUUCGGUUAUACCAGUUUGACCGCCUUGUCGAAGAACUUGUGCCUGUUCUUUACGUUCACUUCCUGCGGCAAGGCGUCAAGUCAAGUAUGUAUUGCAGUCAGUGGUACUUGACAAUGUUCAGCUACCGAUUUCCGCUUCAAGUGGUAUUCCGGAUUUUUGACCACUUGUUUGCGACUGGGAUAGAGGCCAUCUUUGGAUUCAGUAUUGUUCUACUGCAGUCCAAUGAAGAGAAACUACUUCAACUGAAAUUUGAUAGUAUAUUGGACUUUCUAAAGAAUGCAUUGUUCGAUGCGUACCUGGUAAGAAUGAGCGUCCUUCUGCACGUAACUCAGAGGUCUACAUUACGUGUAUCGAAGGAUUCACCCGUCCAUUACAGAGCCGAUUUAUUCAUCCAAGACGCAAUGCGGGUCAAGGUGACGCCUUUCCUAUUGGAUACGUUUGCCAGUGAAUGGGAAGAGCUGCGGCGGGCGCAGAAUGCCCACACGAUGGAGCUAGAGUCGCUACGAGCUGCUAAUAGAUCUCUCACUGAACGGGUAAAAGCACUGGAGAGCUCGUUGGCGCAAAUGAGCGAAGAUCAUGUUGAUAUUGUCAAACAACUAGUUAUGGCAAAAGUUGAAAAGGAAGAUACAGAGGCUGAACUCGUCAAGUACAAAAUGCUCUAUGCUGAGCAAAUGCAUGCAAAUGAGGACGCAAAUUCCACGUCCAACCGCAUAUCAGCUAUGUCUCGAUUAUCGAGCUGGUCUUCGUUCUCGAGAAAAUAG